CGCAGCUCCCGGCGUGCACCGCGCAGGAAGAUGAAGGCUGCGGCGGCCAUGUUGCUGUAGGCUCUGGCCCUGUCCGGAGAGCGCAGGAGGGAACGGCCGACGGAGGCAGCACCCGGGCGGCGGCAAUCCGCAUCCAUCCGGCCGGGGAGUCACCAUGAGCGGGGGGACGCCGUACAUCGGCAGCAAGAUCAGCCUCAUCUCCAAGGCGGAGAUCCGGUAUGAGGGCAUCCUGUACACCAUCGACACCGAGAACUCCACCGUGGCCCUGGCCAAAGUUCGUUCAUUUGGAACAGAGGAUCGACCAACAGACCGACCUAUUCCUCCCCGAGAUGAAGUGUUCGAGUACAUCAUAUUCCGGGGGAGUGAUAUCAAGGAUCUCACCGUGUGUGAACCCCCAAAACCCCAGUGCUCCUUACCGCAAGACCCUGCAAUAGUCCAGUCCUCUCUAGGGUCUUCUGCAUCGUCUUCGUUUCAGAGUGUAAGCUCCUAUGCUCCGUUCAGCCGGAUGCCGACGUACAGCCAGUUUAACUCCAGCCCCCUGGUACCUCAGCAGUUUGGAGCGGUCGGCGUCGGGCGCUCGAGUCCUCUGCUAGACCCCUUACGGAAGAGUCCUACGCUCGAACAGGGUGUUCAGACGGCCCCAGCAGUACAGGCGCCGGUGGUGGCAGCAAUUGGCAGGAGAAGUCCGGUAACUUCUAGAUCUGUGCUACCCACCAGCCAAAAGACAUUGGAGAGCCAAGAACAGAGGAAAGCCGAAACGCACAGAGCUCCGAGACCAGACAUAGACCUGCUCAGGAACGACAAACAGGAUCCCAGCAAGAGACAAACUGGUAAUUCAUACGUGGCACUAGCCCCUCCUCCCCCUAGGAGAAGCCGUGGUGGUCAUCGGGGGGGCAGAGGAAGAUUUAACAUUAGACGAGACGGGCCGAUGAAGUUUGAAAAAGACUUUGACUUUGAGAGCGCUAACGCGCAGUUCAACAAAGAGGAUAUCGACAGGGAAUUUCACAAUAAAUUAAAGCUAAAAGAUGACAAACCAGAGAAGCCAGUGAAUGGGGAGGAUAAAGCGGACUCCGGGGUGGACACUCAGAACAGUGAAGGAAACGUGGAGGAGGAGGAGGCAGCAGCGAGCCUUUAUUAUGAUAAAACCAAAUCCUUCUUCGACAACAUCUCUUGUGACAAUAACAGAGAUCGAAGACCCACGUGGGCCGAGGAAAGGAGGAUUAAUGCAGAGACAUUUGGACUUCCUCUGCGUUCAAACAGGGGUCGUGGGGGUUACAGAGGUAGAGGUGGUGGGGGCAUGGGGUACCGUGGAGGCAGAGGCCGCGGUGAGAGGAGAGGCCCUCCUGGAGGUGGUGCCUUUGGGGCACCUCGAAGUUACCGUGGUGGUUACAGAGGAGGAGGACGCGGGGGGAGAGAAUUUGGAGACUACGAGUACAGGAAAGACAACAAGGUUGCUGCAUAGAAGCAGAUGAAUCUUUUUUUUAAGAAAAAAAACGAAAACAAAAAAAUAUUUGCAGUCCAGAGAACUCGUUUUCUGUCUUUUGUGAAGAAUGAAGCUGAACUUGCUGUUCAUCUGGUCACCAGCACUGGGGAAGGGGGGGGGGGUUGGACUGCCUCAUUAGAGCUUCUUCAGUGCAGCGGGCUCUUUCUGAAUUGCUCAAUUCACAGAUUCCGCGGCCCCUGCAAAACUAAAGGACUUGGAGCAGUUGGCGGUUCUGCAAUUUUCUGUUUGAACAACAAAGGCCAUCUUUGAAAAUGUUGAGCAUUAAAUAUAUUUGAAAUAGACUGAAGUAAUUUUGGUAUACAUAGUUUAACACAGAGGGGUCAGUAUGAUGAAAUUGAAGUUUGGAUUUUUUUGGUUUUAUUCCACAUCUAGUAAAUGGGAGAAUUAUACAGAAUGCCGUUAA